GCCAGACUAUUUUCUACAGCAGCUGCACCAUUUUGCAUUCCCAUCAGCUGUGCACCAGGUUCCAGUUUCUGCAGAUUGGAGAACCCGUGAAAGGAGUUGCUGCGAUGGUUUGCUGGGCUCUCAGGAGAGCUGCCCAGGUGCGCGUCCACCUGGCGAGGAAGGCCAGCGGGCUCUGCCGAGGCCCUGAGCAUCAGGCCUUGGGCGCGAGGCCCGCUGUCCCAGAGCCCGCUGCCCGGGGAGCCCCCGGGGCCCCGGGCGGCACGGUGGAGCUGCUGGGCAAGUCCUACCCCCAGGACGGCUACAGCAACCUGUCCCGCAAGGUCCUGUCCAGGGUCGGCAAGAACCUGCACAACCGGCUGCAUCACCCGCUGUGGCUGAUCAAGGAGAGGGUGAAGCAGCAUUUCUACGCGCAGUACGUGGGCCGCUCGGGGACGCCCCUCUUCUCUGUCUACGACGACCUCUCCCCGGUGGUCACCACCUGGCAGAACUUCGACAGCCUGCUUGUCCCGGCCGACCACCCCAGCCGGAAGAAGGGCGACAGCUAUUACCUGAACGCGACCCACAUGCUGCGCGCGCACACAUCCGCGCACCAGUGGGACCUGCUGCGCGCGGGGCUGGACGCCUUCUUGGUGGUGGGCGACGUGUACCGGCGCGACCAGAUCGAUGCCCAGCACCACCCUGUGUUCCACCAGCUGGAGGCCGUGCGGCUCUUCUCCCGGCACCAGCUAUUUGCUGGCAUAAAGGAUGGAGAAAACCUGCAGCUCUUUGAACAGAGUUCUCGCUCUGCCUGUAAACAGGAGACACAUACCCUGGAGGCCACGAAGCUUGUAGAGUUCGACCUUAAGCAAACACUUACCAGGCUUAUGACACAUCUUUUUGGAGAUGGGCUGGACAUCAGAUGGGUGGACUGCUACUUUCCUUUUACUCAUCCUUCCUUCGAGAUGGAGAUCAACUUCCACGGGGAAUGGCUAGAAAUUCUUGGCUGUGGGGUGAUGGAACAGCAACUGGUAAAUUCAGCUGGUGCUGAAGAUCAGAUCGGUUGGGCCUUUGGCCUUGGGCUGGAGCGGCUGGCCAUGGUCCUCUACGACAUCCCCGACAUCCGCCUCUUCUGGAGUGAGGAUGAGCGCUUCCUGAAGCAGUUCUGCGUGCAGGACAUCAACCAGAAGGUGAAGUUCCAGCCUCUCAGCAAAUACCCUGCUGUGAUCAAUGACAUCUCAUUCUGGUUACCUCGCGAGAAUUACACAGAGAACGAUUUCUAUGACUUAGUCCGAACAAUUGGAGGAGACCUGGUGGAAAAAGUUGAUCUUAUAGACAAGUUUGAACAUCCAAAGACACACAGGACCAGCUACUGCUACCGCAUCACCUACCGCCACAUGGAGCGCACGAUGUCGCAGAGAGAGGUCGGGCGCGUCCACCAGGCCGUGCAGGAGGCGGCCGUACGGCUGCUGGGUGUCGAGGGCAGGUUUUGAUGUCGCCACCUCCCUGGCCGCGGCCCUCCCAGGGCCCCGGGUUUGCUGAACCAAAGAGAAAAAGAUAUUGUUUGUGGACAGAGGCAUCCGUCAUCUUGUGGUAAAUGGGUCAGUUUCAGGACUUUCAGAAGGUAAAGGAUCGCUCUUGAGCAGCUGUUGCCAUAGCAUGUGUCUUUUAUUUGGGAAAAGUUGGGGGAAGGAGCAGUAAUACGAGAGUUACCUUCUUUUCCUUUUAGAAAUGCUUUGCCCGUUGGCGCUCAGUGCGGUUAAUUGGUCCCUGGAUUCUGUUAAAGUGUAAACACCAGACGUGAUUUCCUGCCUGACAGGCUCUUCCCCCCGUGUAAUGAGCGGAGCUACACAGAGGGACACACUCCAGACCACAGAAGCUUUUCUCAAUCGGCUCCCGUUCCUUUCUCCCUCCUUUUUCUGUUCUGCAAAGGGCAGGCUGCAGCCAGGGCGCAGAUGAAAUGCCAGGGAUCCCUCAGAGGUGGAGGGAGUCGCACCUCUGAGCGAGCAGGACUUUACUUCCUUUUCACAAAGUGGGGCUUGGAGCCAGGGCUCUGGCCCCAGGGUGUGGACAAAGCUGCCUCCUGCCCGCCCCCCACCCCCACCCCCAGAGGAGAGAGAGCGCCCCGGGGCUGGGUGGCACCCGGCACUGCAGGGCCAGGUCCUUGAAGCCCCGGAGAGUUUGUUUCCUAAUGGAAGGCCUCUGCUUCCGGAGACGACCUUUAUGGAGGAAUACGGGGCUUUGAUGUUCCCCUUUUUCCAUCCCGAGCGCUUUGUAGUCUGCCUGCUUCUCUCCUGGCCAGUUUUCAUAAUCAGAUUCCCUCCCCGGUGUGAUGCUGGCGGCUGAUGGAGGACCGUGUGAGCACUGGGAUAAAUAUUUGAUGAGGGCGGCCAUUAGCAGCCAGCGGUGUGAGGGGGGGCAGCUGCUCCAACAGCAAGGAAUGGCUUCAAUGUCAUUUUACCCUCUUACCCAGGGGGACGUGUCCCUUGGAUUUUAAAGGGGAUCCAGAGCUGCAUCCCAGCCUGGCCAAGCUGCUGUCCAGGGUCCUGGGGCCCCAGGCGCUCUUCCUGGAGAGAAGGGGUCGAAUGCACAGCGCGAUUGGUGAUCUCUUCUCCGGGCGCAUUUGCUAGCAGACCACUCCUGAUCGGGCCUGGGGCUGCAUUUCCAGAGACCCCUUUUAUCCCCAAGGCCCCUCAGGCAUUCACGGAAAUCCUGGCGUAACACCCAGAAAACACGGCACGGCCCACGACCUGAGCACAUAUCUGUCAGAUGCCAAAUGCUGUGCUAGUGCCUGGGGGCAGUGCUAACAUUGGGGAGGGGGGAGGGCUCUGCUGAACGUUCCUCUCGACACUGCAUGAGAUGUAGUCAACCUUCCCCUACAUUUUCCUGUGAGGUCGGAGGAGUCUCGGGCCCUAACCAGGAGCGCCCCCGAGCUUGCUUCCUCCCAGUGAAGACCCUGUAGCUAGACGGACUUGGGUGCGUGGCCAGGUCUGCACCUCCCCCCUGCUCCCGGGACCUGUGCUUUGCGAGCCCCCAGCCGCGCGGGCUCGUGCGACCCCCGCCUCCGCUCUGGGUGUUGGCGCGCGUGCCAAAGGUGGGCCCGCCUACCGGGGGGCCGAGGGGACAUCCAGCUCUUCACUUUUCUCAUGGGACUCCCGCAGGAGACUAAAGAGUGAAGCAGAAAAAAUAGGAAAGAUAAUGGAACCCCUGAGAUGAGCAGCACUCUGCAGCUCGGUGACAGAUGAGUCCGUAUAAAUAGAGCGUGGUGGCCAACACCAGUGUCGCCCGCCACCCGCCGGGAGGCUCCCUCCCGCCCUUCGUGAAGCCGGGACAGUAAUCUGCCUGCUGCAGAGGUUGGUCAGGCGUGGAACCCGGAACCUAAGAAGCUGCCGGUGACAUCUGCCCUGGCGACGGACAUCGGGAACCGGGUGCAGAAGGGAUGACCCGUACAGUGGCUGUCCCUCCCCCACGUCUCAGCGGCCACAUGGGGUCCUCUGUCCCCACGUCAGCUGUCCAGUCUCCGUGACGGCCAUCAGCACUCGUGCUCGGCAGCCACCAGGCAGGGCCAUCCCUACCCAAACGCAGGUCACAGUAGAGGGAGGACACAUAACAGCGACGGUGGGGUUGACAGUGGCUGACCCCCGCCCCCCUGGGUGUCCCAGGCACAGCGCACUGCGUGUGUUCAGCCACCUGAGUCUGCGCCGCUGUUCCACGUGCAAUAGAUGAGCCAGGAAGAGAUGGACCGGGCCCAGCGUGCCCUCCUUCCACUCUCACGGCCCCGGUGGUCCUGUUCUCCCCUCCACCCUCCAGGAGUGAGGUCAGUGUGCUCGGGGAGGUGCUGCAAAGCCAGGGCUCAGGAGGCCUCUCUGACUUCCAAGCCUGUGCUCUUCACGUUGCCCCCAGCUACACCCCCUGCACUUGCCCGGGCGCUCGGCCUACGACAGGCAGGGUGGGGAUUCACUCUGGACACCGCAAGGCAGAGGGGCCACCGCUGCGCUGCAGAUGUCACCACCAGGACAGUGGUAGCACGACUGCCCAGCCCCGGGACCCUGUCCACAAGGUGCUAGGGCAUGUGACACGGGCCCUCGGGGCCAGCCAUGGGUUCUGUAUCAAAACCGUUGGAAGGUCCUCUUUAUCAUCUGACGCUUCAAGUGGUCAAUAGAGUUACACUUGCUGCUUCAGGACGGCAGGUCCGAUUCAGGGCCACAGUCAGAGCUGGAAAGGUCAGCUGCUGAGCGACAGGAAAGUCCAGAACUGAACAAUCUAGGACCCUGCGAGGGUACUGCGUGCUCCCAGGAGGCUGCGUCCCAGCCCCCGGGAAGGUGCGGCAGCAGGAGGAAAGUUCUUCUUGCCCUCGGUGACCAAUUGCUCGAGAUCCUAGUGGCUCUGGUCUCCUAGAUGGCGUCUACAAAAGCCAACAACACACACACACACCUAAAGCUGGUGCCCUGUUCAAAGGCAGGGGCUACAGACACUUGUACAGGCAGGAGACCGCCCGGCUCGGGCCUCCUCUCUGGCCCAUUCCCGAGCCUGGGGCUGGUCUGGGGCGGGUGGAUCAGGUGCCUCCUGGAGCACUGGAACAAGCCCCAGGCUGAGCUUAGAUCAGGUCUAAACCCGGCUCUGCCACGGUGAGUCACUUAGCAUCCCUGAGGCUAAACGUUCUCCGCUCUGAGAUGGAGGUGAUGAUGCUCUCCUCCCUCCAGGGACCGAGUGUGGACAGCUCAGCAAGGAGGAAGAAGAUCGUGUGUAAAACUCUUAAGCAUCUCAUUUUAGCCUCACACAAACUCUGAAACUUAACCGCAGUACGUCCACCUAGGCAAAGAACAUGAGGCCAAGGACCAGGCCCAGGGUCCUCCCAUGAGCGGGAAAUUGACCUAGAAUUUAAGGCCCGCUCUCUGUAAGACCAAAGCCACGGUCUUCCUGCUGUGCCCUGUGUCUGCCAAGAACUGACACGGAUGAGAACACAGCGGCCGGGCCUCGCCCUUUGCAGUCUCAGGUGUGAGAUGGGGGGCGCCCUCCACAACCUUUGCUCCCCAAGUGCAGGCCCGCACAUGCACAUGUGUUUGUCUAUUCGGACGCAAGACUCAAAGAGGGCUUGGCCUGCACACACUUCCAGAGGAUGCGGGGAGACCAGCCCACACUGAGUUAAACAGGAGACUUCAAGGAGUGCGCAUGAGGCUCGUUAAACUACAAGGAUCGAUCCAAGAAGGAAAUCAGUUUAACAGUGGGCUCAACGCUAAAGCAGCACGUCCCAGCUGUGUCCCGGCUACACCCUGGGCUGUUGGAGCCCUCGGGCGGGGUGGGUGCCCAGGGCUGUGUGCCGACCAUGGCCUGCUGGCUGUGCAGUCACCCUUCUCUCCCAAACAAGAAGGGCUUUCGGGACGCAGGUGUGUGAGACUGGCAUUAUUACAGAGGCAACUUUGAAAUCUAUUUUUAACGGCUUCGAAUCUAUUGAGUGACUCGUUUGAAGUCAUCUAUAUUUUAUUACUAAUAAGAAACAACUAGGAUGCCAAAGCAAGUCAAUGGAAAAAGGAAAGUCUUUUCCACAGGUGUGCUGGAGCAACUGGGUCCCCAUGUAAGAAAAAAAGAAAAGUAUCUCAAUCCCGAUGCCACACGUCACACAAAAAUUAAUUCAAGAUGGAGCCUAAAUGUAAAAGCCCAAACCUUACUAUCAGGCUUAAAGAAGAAAAUGUAAAGACUAUCCUUGUGACCUUGGGUAGGCAAUGACUUCCUAGAGAGGACACAGAAACAGCUAGUAAAGAAAAAAAAAUGAUCAACUGGACUUUUUCAAGAUUUAAAACAUCUGCUCUUUGAAACACGUCAUUAAGAAAAUGAAUAGGGGGACUUCCCUGGUGGUCCAGUGGUUAAGAAUCUGCCCUUCCACUGUAGGGGGGCACAGGUUCGAUCCCUGGUCGGGAACUAAGAUCCUGCAUGCCGCGCAGUGUGGCCAGAAAAAAAAAAAAAAAGAAUAGACAAACCACAGAUUGGGAGAAAAUAUUGUGACACAUAUAUUCAACAAAGGAUUUAUAUCCAGAAUAUACAAAGAAUUCCUACAAUUCAAUAAUAAGUUUUUAAAAAAUCUUUUGAAAAAUGGGGAAAAUUCCUAUAAUUCAGUAAUUUUUAAAAAAAGCUUUUUCAAAAAUGAACAAGCACUUCACAAAAAAAGAUUUAUAAAUGGCCAAUAAGUUGGAAAGAUGCUCAACAUUAUUAGUCAUCAGGGCAAUGCAUUCAGGAAGUUACAGAGCAGCCGGAACUCAUCUAUAGGGGCAAAAAGCAGAUCAGAUGUUGCCUGGGCCUGGGAAGAGACUGGUGGAAAGGGUCCCAUGGGAAUGUUCUCUAUCUUGGUAGACAUGCAGGUUACAUGGACGGGUGCAUUUGUCAACACUCAUCAAACUGUAUGCUUUAAGAUCUGUGCCUUUCGCUGUGCGUCAACUAGACCACAAAGGAAAGGAGACAAGUUACACGUGCUGCAUCUCACGACCAAAUGCGCACCGCGGCUCCGAAGUGGGGACAGCAGCUUGGCGCCGAGGGAGCAGGCCUAGAGGUGGGUGUGGAAGGGGCUCUGGGGCUCUGGGGGCAAGAUCAUCCUUGAGUGGACAGCACACCUGGGGCAGGCAGCUCUCUCCCAGGAGAGUGGCCGCAUGGGGGAGGGGACAGGGUGGAGCUGGAGGAACAAGGUGCCAGCACAAGACACAGGAAGAGAAGCACCGGGGACCUGCCGACCCCAACUCUCCAUCCCUCGGUGGUGUCCUUGGAGCUCACUUCACCCAGGAGGCAGGAUGCUGGGGACCGGCUGGGGUGGGCUCAGGGCACAGAGACAAGAGGGGAAGGAAGGAUGUGGGGACUGCCGAUGGAGCCUCUGGUUUAUCUCUGUUGUUUCUUCCUAAACCCCCGGAGUCCCUUGGAGCCAGAGCAGCACAUGGAUGCAAGCCACGCUCCUCCCCUGCUCCAGCUGCGGUCUGAGCGUAUCACAGAGCCCGCCCGUCCCAGGGUGGAAUCACGCCGGGAUCCCACGGGAGGCCAGGGCAGCUGCCGUGGCCUCCUGGCUCCACGGGACAUCUGUCUCCCCCACCGGGGUGGCUCACACGUGGCCCGAUCGAGAAGCAGACUCCGCGGCGCUCCCUCCAGCCCUGUCCUCAGCCCGCACCACGCGUCUGAGCUGCCCAGGUGCCACCAGCCGCCCACACCUGGGAGGCACAGAGGCUGUACGGAUGGUCAGUGGUGCCCCGGGCACCAGAUGGUAACUGCACUCGGUGGGGGGUGACCUGGAGUUCCCACACCUCCAUGCAGCCCCGUUUAACGUGAGAUGGGGAUUCCAGUCCCUCGGGGGUUGUGAGGAGGGUUGAAUGGAUUGAAGCCGGCAACACUCUCAAUUUUUAGCACGAUACGCUGACCAUUACAAGUGAAUCCGUAUUUUUCUUAAAAACCCACGUCGGGAAAACGUGCUGGAGUUAGAAGGUGGGGAUGAUUGUUUGACUAUCUGAAUACAUGAAAAUUCACUGAAUUGUGUGCUUUGAAAGGGUGAAUUUUAUGGGAUGAGAAUUAUAUCUCAAUA